CUUUUCCUCUCCUUUCAUGGGCAAUUAGACCUCAGCCAAUCCCUUGCAGUUUGCAGCUCUUAAUCCACCUCAUCGGAGUUGUCUGCGACUCCAAACCCAAAUCAUCUUUACUCUCUCCCCUGCAGAAGAAUGAUCCGUUAACGAGGUGGCCCUUGUCUUCUUCACAAAAGGCCAGCAUUGAUUGGCUGUAAUGGAUUGCCUGAUCACCUUGUCCAACUCGAUCCAAGACCAUCAGAUGACCUCCAAGAUCUUAAUGAUCCACCACUUGUCAAAGGGAUUGUUGGAUUGUAAGAUUCCUCUGCUGAAUUCCUUUUGUAUAACGUACCAUUCACUUCAUUGAUUCCUUCGGCUUUCCUUUCUCUCUCAGUUUUAAUUUCGGGUUUGGUUCUCUGUCUCUUUCUCUUUCCCACCACCAACCUCACUGGAGCCCAGAACCGUCGCUCAUUCUCUCCGUCUCCACAAAACCUUGCUCCAGAUCCACUCCAAUGCCGCUUGCGCCCUUGAUAUCGCUAUAAAGAUCAAAUCUUUGGUGGAAAUGGCAGCUUCCAAUUUGGCAAAGGCUCUGUUUUGGGGGUUUUUCCUUGAAAGAUGCCUCCUUUUUGUGGAUUCCGCCAUUGGCGUCAACUGGGGGACACUGUCCUCCCACAAGCUCCCCCCCUCCGUGGUGGUGGAUCUCAUGAGGGAGAACAAGAUUGGAAAGGUGAAGCUGUUCGACGCGGACCCGGAGGUCCUCUGGGCCCUGAGGGGGAGCGGCAUCGAGGUGAUGGUGGGGAUCCCCAAUGACUUGUUGGCGGCUUUGGCGUCUUCCAUCGCUGCUUCUGAUCAAUGGGUCGGUCAGAAUGUGUCGAGGUACAUGGUUAAAGGCGGCGUUGAUAUAAGAUAUGUUGCAGUUGGAAAUGAGCCCUUCCUCACAAACUAUCAAGGACGAUAUCAGUCACUAGUUCUCCCAGCGAUGCUCAACCUUCAGCAAUCAUUAGCUAGAGCAAAUCUUGCAGGCUAUAUAAAGCUAGUAGUCCCUUGUAAUGCUGAUGCUUAUCAGUCAGCUUCAGUUCCUUCUCAAGGAGUGUUUCGGCCUGAGCUGACGCAGAUAAUGACCCAGCUUGUUUCUUUUCUUAACUCAAAUGGCUCUCCCUUUGUGGUCAACAUUUAUCCCUUUCUAAGUCUCUAUCAGAGUGCAGAUUUCCCACAAGACUAUGCCUUUUUCGAGGGCUCUUCUCACCCAGUUGUCGACGGCCAGAAUGUCUAUUACAAUGCCUUUGAUGGUAAUUUCGAUACCUUGGUGGCUGCUCUCAACAAAAUUGGAUAUGGGCAAAUGCCCGUAGCCGUCGGAGAGGUGGGCUGGCCUACAGAGGGAGCACCAAGCGCAAAUCUAAGUGCUGCAAGGGCUUUUAACCAAGGCCUCAUCAGUCAUGUUUUGAGCAACAAGGGAACGCCUUCGAGGCCUGGGAUUCCUCCAGUCGAUAUAUAUCUCUUCAGUCUUCUCGAUGAAGAACAAAAGAACAUCCUACCUGGAAACUUUGAACGGCACUGGGGAAUCUACUCUUUUGAUGGCCAAGCCAAGUACCCCUUGAACCUUGGAUUAGGUAAUGGUUGGUUGAAGAAUGCGAGGAAUGUUCCAUACCUUCCAUCAAGGUGGUGCAUUGCUAAUCCAUCUCAGGAUCUCACCGGUGUCACGAACCACAUGAAGCUCGCUUGCAGUUUUGCUGAUUGCACAACUCUGUACUAUGGAGGAUCAUGCAACACGAUCGGCGAGAAGGGGAACAUCUCUUAUGCCUUCAACAGCUACUAUCAGCUACAGAAGCAAGAUUCAAAGAGCUGUGAUUUUGAUGGGCUUGGGAUCGUUACAUUUCUCGAUCCCUCGGUAGGUGACUGCCGCUUUCUUGUUGGAAUUAGCGACAGUAGCGGUUGUUGCCUCGGAUGUGGCAUCCUUUGUGCAUUGUGGUUCGUAUCACUUUGGGUUAUAAUUUAUCUGAGAGUUGUUGAUUCCUUGUAAUGUAGGAAGCAGCUUGGAAGUUUUUGUGGUGCUUAUCGAACAUGAAUAUGUUAUACUAGAAGAUUGCAUGCA